AUGGACGCCCUGUGCGGCUCCGGGGAGCUCGGCUCCAAGUUCUGGGACGCCAACCUGUCCUUGCAUACAGACACCCCGGACCUCACUCCCUGCUUCCAGAACUCCCUGCUGGCCUGGGUCCCCUGCAUCUACCUGUGGGCCGCCCUGCCCUGCUACCUGGUCUACCUGCGGCACCACCACCACGGCUACAUCGUCCUCUCCCACCUCUCCAGGCUCAAGACGGUCGUGGGCGUCCUGCUGUGGUGUGUCUCCUGGACUGACCUCUUCUACUCCUUCCAUGGCCUGGUCCACGGCUGGGCCCCCGCCCCCGUCUUCUUUGUCACCCCCUUGGUGGUGGGGGUCACCAUGCUGCUGGCCACCCUGCUGGUCCAGUACGAGCGGCUGCAGGGGGUGCAGUCCUCGGGGGUCCUCAUCAUCUUCUGGUUCCUGUGUGUGGUCUGCGCCAUCAUCCCCUUCCGCUCCAAGAUCCUCUCAGCCACGGUGGAGGGCAAGAUCUUGGACCCCUUUCGCUUCGCCACCUUCUACGUCUACUUCGCCCUGGUGUUCUGUGCCCUCAUCCUGUCCUGCUUCAGGGAGAAGCCACCGCUUUUCUCCCUGAAGAACGUGGAUCCUAACCCCUGCCCGGAGACGGACGCUGGCUUCCUCUCCCGCCUGUCCUUCUGGUGGUUCACAAAGCUGGCCAUCCUUGGCUACCGGCGCCCCCUGGAAGAACAGGACCUCUGGUCCCUGAACAAGGAGAAUCGCUCCGAGACGGUGGUGCAGAGACUGCUGGAGGCCUGGAAGAAGCAGCAAAAGCAGGCAGCACAACACAAGGCCGCAGCGGCAUCUGGGAAGACAGUGGCCAGUGAGGAUGAGGAGCUGCUGGGGGGCCGGCCAAGGCCCCGGAAGCCCUCCUUCCUGCGGGCCCUGCUGGUCACCUUCGGCCCCGGCUUCACCAUCAGCACAUGCUUCAUGCUGAUCCAGGACCUGCUCUCCUUCGUCAACCCGCAGCUGCUCAGCGUCCUGAUCAGAUUUAUUUCAAACCCCACGGCCCCCACCUGGUGGGGCUUCCUGGUGGCCGGGCUGAUGUUCGUGUGCUCCGUGAUGCAGACCCUGGUCUUGCACCAGUAUUACCACUGCAUCUUCGUGAUGGGGCUGAGGCUUCGCACGGGGAUCAUAGGGGUCAUCUACAGGAAGGCUCUGGUCAUCACCAAUUCCGUGAAACGUGAGUCCACGGUGGGAGAACUGGUCAACCUCAUGUCAGUGGAUGCCCAGCGUAUCACGGACAUUGCCCCCUUCCUCAACAUGCUGUGGUCAGGCCCUCUGCAGAUCGUCCUGGCCAUCUACUUCCUCUGGCAGAAACUGGGCCCCUCCAUCCUGGCUGGCGUCGCCCUCAUGGUCUUGCUGAUCCCAAUCAAUGGAGUUGUGGCCAUGAAGAUGCGCACCUUACAGGUGGAACAAAUGAAGUUCAAGGACUCGCGCAUCAAGCUGAUGAGCGAGAUCCUGGGAGGCAUCAAGGUGCUGAAGCUGUACGCCUGGGAGCCCAGCUUCCUGGAGCAGGUGGAGGGCAUCCGGCACAGGGAGCUGCGGCUGCUGCGCCAGGCUGCCUACCUCCACGCCAUCUCCAUCUUCACCUGGAUCUGCACCCCCUUCCUGGUGACCCUCAUCACCCUCGGGGUGUACGUGUCUUUGGGCCCAAACAACGUGCUGGAUGCCGAGAAGGCCUUUGUGUCCGUGUCUCUGUUCAAUAUCUUAAAGAACCCCCUCAGCAUGCUGCCCCAGCUCAUCAGCGGCCUGACCCAGACCAGCGUGUCUCUGAAACGGAUCCAGCAUUUCCUGACCCAAGAUGAACUUGACCCCCAGUGUGUGGAAAGAAAUACCAUCACCCCAGGCUAUGCAGUCACUAUAGACAAUGGCACCUUCACCUGGGCCCAGGACCUGCCCCCAACCCUGCACAGCAUCGACAUCCAGGUGCCCAAAGGGGCCCUGGUGGCCGUGGUAGGGCCCGUGGGCUGCGGAAAGUCUUCCCUGGUGUCCGCCCUCCUGGGAGAGAUGGAGAAGCUGGAAGGCAAGGUGCAUGUGAAGGGCUCCGUGGCCUACGUGCCCCAACAGGCCUGGAUCCAGAACUGCACGCUGCAGGACAAUGUGCUCUUCGGCCAAGCCCUGGACCCCAAGCGCUACCAGCGGACCCUGGAGGCCUGUGCCCUGCUAGCCGACCUGGAGGUGCUGCCUGGCGGGGACAAGACAGAGAUUGGAGAGAAGACGCGGGUGCUGGUGACCCACGGCAUCAGCUUCCUGCCCCAGACAGACUUCGUCGUCGUGCUCGCCGAUGGACAGGUGUCGGAGGUGGGCACGUACCCAGCCCUCCUGCAGCGCAACGGCUCCUUUGCCAACUUCCUGCACAACUACGCGCCGGAUGAGGGCGAGGAGUGUCUGGAGGAGAACAGCAGGACCGCAGCAGCCUUGGAGGAGGCGGACGAUGAGGAGGUGCUGCUGAUUGAAGACACGCUCAGCAGCCACACAGACCUGAUGGACAACGAGCCGGUCCUCUAUGAGGUCCAGAAGCAGUUUAUGAGACAGCUGAGUACCAUGUCCUCGGAGGGGGAGGGCCAGGGCCGGCCUGUGCCCCGGCGGCGCCUGGGGCCGGCAGAAAAGCUAGCGCAGGCGGCAGAGGCGAAGGCAAACGGGACGCUGAUUGAAGAGGAGAAGAUGGAGACGGGCAAGGUGAAGCUGAGCGUGUUCUGGGAUUACGCCCGGGCUGUGGGGCUCUGCACCACGCUGGUCAUCUGUCUGCUGUACGCGGGGCAAAGCGCAGCUGCCAUCGGCGCCAACAUGUGGCUCAGCGCCUGGACCAACGAGGCCACGGAGGAUGGCCGACGGAACAGCACUACCCAGAGGCUGGGUGUCUAUGCCACCUUGGGCAUUCUGCAAGGGCUCCUGGUGGUGCUGUCGUCCAUCAUGAUGGCCGUGGGCUGCGUCCGGGCUGCGCGCUUGCUCCACCAGACGCUGCUGCACAACAAGAUGCGCUCGCCGCAGUCCUUCUUCGACACCACCCCGUCCGGCCGCAUCCUCAACCGCUUCUCCAAGGACAUCUGUGUCAUCGACGAGGCCCUGGCCCCCACCAUCCUCAUGCUGCUGAGCUCCUUCUACACCUCCAUCUCCACCCUCGUGGUCAUCGUGGCCAGCACGCCGCUCUUCGCCGUGGUCACCCUGCCUCUGGCUGCCUUCUACAUCUUGGUGCAGCGCUUCUACGUGGCCACCUCGCGGCAGCUGAAGCGGCUGGAGUCUGUGAGCCGCUCGCCCGUGUACUCGCACUUCUCGGAGACGGUGACGGGCUCCAGCGUCAUCCGGGCCUACGGCCGCAGCCAGGCCUUUGAGGCCAUCAGCGAUGCCAAGGUGGACACCAACCAGAGGAGCUGCUACCCCAGCAUCUCCUCCAACAGGUGGCUGGGGGUCCGAGUGGAGUUCAUGGGGAACCUUGUCGUGUUCUUUGCUGCACUCUUCGCUGUGAUUGGGAGGAGCAGCCUGAGUCCGGGGAUGGUGGGCCUUUCUGUGUCCUACGCCCUACAGGUGACGUUUUCUCUGAACUGGAUGAUACGGAUGUUAUCAGACUUGGAGACGAAUAUUGUGGCUGUGGAGAGAGUCAAGGAGUACUCCAAGACGGAGACCGAGGCGCCCUGGGUGGUGGAGGGCAGCCGCCCUCCUGCAGGCUGGCCCACGAAGGGCGAGGUGGAGUUCCGGAAUUACUCCGUGCGCUACCGGCCCGGCCUGGACCUGGUGCUGAAGGACCUGAGUCUGCGCGUGCGCGGUGGCGAGAAGGUGGGAAUCGUGGGCCGCACGGGGGCUGGCAAGUCAUCCAUGACCCUCAGCCUGUUCCGCCUCCUGGAGGCCGCGGGGGGCGAAAUCCGCAUCGACGGGCUCAACGUGGCCGACAUCGGGCUCCAUGACCUGCGUUCUCAGCUGACCAUCAUCCCCCAGGACCCCAUCCUGUUCUCGGGGACCCUGCGUAUGAACCUAGACCCCUUCAGCAAUUCUUCGGAGGAAGACAUAUGGCGGGCCUUGGAGCUGUCCCAUCUGAAAUCAUUUGUGAGCUCGCAGCCCGCAGGCCUGAACUUCCAGUGCUCCGAGGGAGGGGAGAACCUCAGUGUGGGUCAGCGGCAGCUGGUGUGCCUGGCCCGAGCCCUUCUUCGCAAGAGCCGAAUCCUGGUGUUAGACGAGGCCACGGCCGCCAUCGAUCUGGAGACUGACGACCUCAUCCAGGCCACCAUCCGCACCCAGUUUGAGAGCUGCACAGUGCUGACCAUCGCGCACCGGCUCAACACCAUCAUGGACUACACCAGGGUCCUGGUCCUGGACAAAGGGACAGUGGCUGAAUUUGACUCUCCAACCAACCUCAUCGCAGCCAGAGGCAUCUUCUACGGGAUGGCCAGAGACGCUGGUCUUGCCUAA